AUGUAUCCUGUAGGACAACAAUCACCAUGGACUUCUUCGCCGCCAAGGCCUCCAAGUCCGUCUCAGUCGCAGACCAGCUUCGAUACACUCUCACCACCACCAGCGGGGGCGACGGUUAAUCCGACCACCGUGGCGACCACAACCGGUACGCAGGGUGCUCAAGCGCUGGGAGUCGUCCCGGCCACACCACCGGCCCCGCCAGACCUACCAGUCUUCACAUGUCCCCGCCGGCCAAAUCUUGGCCGCGAGGGGCGGCCGAUCGUGCUGCGGGCCAACCACUUCCAGAUAACGAUGCCACGCGGCUUCGUUCACCACUACGACAUCAACAUCCAGCCGGACAAGUGCCCGCGCAAAGUGAACCGGGAGAUCAUCGAGACGAUGGUGCACGCGUACAGCAAGCUGUUCGGUGCGCUGAAGCCCGUCUUCGAUGGCCGCAACAACCUGUACACCCGCGAUCUGCUUCCGAUCGGCAACGAUCGGCUGGAGCUCGAAGUGACGCUUCCCGGCGAGGGAAAGGAUCGGGUGUUUCGUGUCACGAUCAAGUGGGUGGCGCAGGUUUCGCUGUUCAAUCUCGAGGAAGCACUCGAAGGACGCACCCGCCAGAUACCGUACGAUGCGAUCCUGGCGCUCGAUGUUGUGAUGCGGCACCUGCCCAGUAUGACCUACACGCCCGUUGGCAGAAGUUUCUUCAGCUCGCCGGACGGCUAUUAUCAUCCCCUGGGUGGUGGCCGUGAAGUUUGGUUCGGUUUCCAUCAGAGCGUUCGACCGUCGCAGUGGAAAAUGAUGCUCAACAUUGACGUGUCGGCAACGGCCUUCUACAAAGCACAACCCGUCAUCGAGUUCAUGUGCGAGGUACUGGACAUCAGAGACAUUAACGAGCAGCGCAAACCGCUGACCGACUCGCAGCGCGUCAAGUUUACCAAGGAAAUCAAGGGGCUCAAGAUCGAGAUCACGCACUGCGGAACGAUGCGGCGCAAGUAUCGCGUCUGUAACGUUACGCGUCGACCAGCACAAAUGCAAUCCUUCCCGUUGCAGCUAGAGAACGGUCAGACGGUGGAGUGUACGGUGGCCAAGUACUUCCUCGACAAGUACAAGAUGAAGCUCCGCUAUCCGCACCUUCCGUGUCUGCAGGUUGGCCAGGAACACAAGCACACGUACCUGCCGCUUGAGGUGUGCAACAUUGUGGCGGGACAGCGGUGCAUCAAGAAGCUGACCGAUAUGCAAACUUCAACGAUGAUCAAAGCGACCGCACGAUCAGCACCCGAUCGUGAACGUGAAAUCAACAACUUGGUGCGGCGUGCCGACUUCAACAACGACGCGUACGUGCAGGAGUUCGGGUUGGCAAUUUCCAACAGCAUGAUGGAGGUCCGUGGCCGGGUGCUGCCCCCGCCGAAGCUUCAGUACGGUGGACGCGUUUCCAGCAUGAGCGGGCAAUUACUAUCUGGUCCACAGAAUAAGGUGAGCUUAGCAUUACCAAACCAAGGGGUUUGGGACAUGCGAGGCAAACAAUUUUUUACCGGCGUCGAGAUUCGCGUGUGGGCGAUCGCCUGCUUCGCGCCGCAGCGCACCGUGCGCGAGGACGCGCUCCGCAACUUUACGCAGCAGCUGCAGAAGAUCUCGAACGAUGCGGGCAUGCCGAUCAUCGGGCAGCCGUGCUUCUGCAAGUACGCGACCGGUCCGGACCAGGUGGAGCCGAUGUUCAGAUAUCUCAAGAGCACCUUCGGUCAUCUCCAGCUCGUCGUUGUAGUGCUUCCCGGCAAGACCCCCGUUUACGCCGAAGUAAAGCGUGUCGGUGACACAGUGCUGGGCAUGGCGACGCAGUGCGUGCAGGCGAAGAACGUGAACAAAACGUCACCGCAGACCCUUUCAAAUCUCUGCCUGAAGAUCAACGUCAAGCUGGGCGGAAUCAAUUCGAUCCUGGUGCCAUCGAUCAGACCAAAGGUAUUCGACGAACCAGUCAUCUUCCUCGGAGCGGACGUUACUCACCCACCGGCGGGAGAUAACAAGAAGCCCUCGAUAGCGGCGGUCGUUGGUUCGAUGGAUGCGCAUCCGUCGCGUUACGCGGCCACCGUGCGAGUGCAGCAGCACCGUCAGGAAAUUAUCCAGGAGCUGAGCAGCAUGGUGCGGGAGCUGCUGAUCAUGUUCUACAAAUCGACCGGUGGCUUCAAACCACACCGCAUCAUCCUCUACCGGGACGGCGUUUCGGAGGGUCAAUUCCCGCACGUGCUGCAGCACGAACUGACGGCCAUCCGCGAGGCGUGCAUCAAGCUCGAAGCUGACUACAAGCCGGGUAUCACGUUCAUUGUGGUGCAGAAGCGCCACCACACGCGACUCUUCUGCGCGGACAAGAAAGAACAGAGCGGCAAAUCGGGCAACAUUCCAGCCGGCACGACGGUGGACGUUGGCAUUACGCAUCCGACCGAGUUCGACUUUUAUCUCUGCAGCCACCAGGGUAUUCAGGGUACGAGUCGCCCGUCCCACUAUCACGUCCUCUGGGAUGACAAUCACUUCGAGUCGGAUGAGCUGCAGUGUCUAACGUAUCAGUUGUGCCACACGUACGUCCGUUGUACCCGAUCGGUGUCCAUUCCAGCCCCAGCAUACUACGCACAUCUCGUAGCAUUCCGGGCAAGGUACCACCUCGUGGAGAAGGAGCACGAUUCAGGCGAAGGAUCUCACCAGAGUGGGUGCUCCGAGGAUCGGACGCCGGGCGCAAUGGCCCGUGCCAUCACCGUGCACGCCGACACCAAAAAAGUUAUGUACUUUGCUUAAGUCGUCUGCAUCUCAAGCCACCCGAAUCCGAAUGCACACACUACUACAAUGACAAAAUUUUCUGCCAUGAUGGAAGAAAAGAAAGAGGAAAAAACGCCAAAACGAUCAUGAAUACGGUUCAUCGCCACAGGCCACGGGCAAACGGACACGUAAUUGUACAGAGAUCUCCUUACCGACACUCUUGCUUUAGUGUGUCAAAAUCAUCGAUGUUCGCAGUAUCUCACAUCCAGUGCCGAUUGCAGUAAAUUAGACUCGACAUUAG